AUGGAUUAUGAACUGAGAAGAGCCAGAGAGAAGCUGGAGAGAGAGCAGAGAGAAAGGAAAGAUAGGGCCAAACUGAAAUUGGAGAGAGAGAAGAGAGCCAAACAAGAAGCCAUUCACCACCGCGAAGCAAUCGAAGCCGUUCAGCGUGCUCGCCGCAUUGAAGCCGCUGAAGCCCAAGCCAAGAUAAAUCAGCAACUGGAAGAAAAUUUGAACGCUGGUCGUGGAGUCAUUUUUUCUCGUACUUUGGAAGCUGUGCCUUAUCAGGGUAGUGGAGAUAAGAUCAAACUGCCACCUUCUUCUUUUGUGGAGUUGUCUGAACAAGGAGCUUUCGACAAAGGACCAUUGCAUUUCUCUCUGUCCUUGGUUCACGCUGAGGGUGCUGGAGAAGAACAGUACAGGAUGACACAUGCUGGUGUAAUGGAGUUCACUGCAGAGGAAGGUUUUGUAGUGCUUCCUCCACACAGUUGGAGUAACUUAUUUCCUGCCGGAAAUCUCAAGUCUUCCAUGGUGGAAGUACGUUAUGUUUGGCUGCCAAAAGGAACAUAUGCUAAACUUCAAUCAGAUGAAAUCGGCUUUUCUGACAUUCCCAAUCACAAAGCAGUCCUGGAAACAAGCCUUCGCCAACAUGCAACUCUUUCGGAAGGUGAUAUGCUCACAGUCAAUCAUGGUGCCCUAACAUAUCAUUUACGUGUUCUUCAGUUGAAACCGUCAUCAAGUGUAUCUGUUCUAGAAACAGAUAUUGAAGUUGAUAUUAUGGGUCCCGAGUCUGCAGAAAAAACAAACCAUCAUGUGCUGACACCUCUCAUCUUUGGGAAGCCGGAAUCUGGAGUGGUUGAUGAAGGAAACUACUUGUACUAUAAGUUCUUAAUUGAUGAGGAUACUUGGAAAAUAAUUUCUUCGGCGAAUGCCAAAAUUGAAAUUAAGCUAGAGUCACAGAUGCAAGAUGGAGAUACUGAUCUGUAUGUUUCUAGGCAUCCACUUUUGUUCCCAACACGCCACCAGCACGUCUGGUCUUCCCAUGAUGUGGGUCCAAAGGCUUUGAUACUUGGCAUGGAGGAUGUGAACUUCGGACCAGGUGGUUACAGUGUUGGUAUAUAUGGCUUUAAAGCGACAUCCAGAUUCAUGGUUUCAGUAACUAUUCAAGAUAAGCCGAGGGAGAAGGUGGGUCAGAAUGCUGCAUCUUCUUCGUCAUCUAUGGAGGUAGAUACUGUCGAAUGCAGAAAUUGUAAGCGUAAUAUUCCUUCCAGGACCAUAGCACUUCAUGAAGCCUAUUGUAGCAGACAUAAUGUCAUCUGUCAGCAUCCUGGUUGUGGGAUUGUUCUUAAGAUUGAGGAUGCCAAAAGUCACGUGCACUGUGGAAAAUGUGGACAGGCUUUCCAUGAGUUAGAGAUUGAGAAGCACGUCAAAGUUUUUCAUGAGCCACUUCAUUGCCCGUGUGGAAUUGUCCUCGAGAAAGAACAGAUGGUGCAGCACCAGUCUUCAGAUUGCCCAUUGCGUCUUAUUACGUGUCGAUUCUGUGGAGAUAUGGUUCAAGCUGGGACUUGUGCUGCUGAUGCACGGGACAGGCUAAGGGGUUACUCAGAGCAUGAGAGCGUGUGUGGAUCGAGAACUGCUCCUUGUGAUUCUUGCGGGCGUUCUGUGAUGUUAAAGGACAUGGAUAUGCACCAAAUUGCUGUUCAUAAUAGGAACUAA